UUCCUUAAAACCUCACCUUUAAAAUGAAGAAUUAAUCUCUGUGCCUUUCACAAUUUAUGACUCACAGCUGUCACAUGCAGGCAGCACUAAUCUCUCCUCCUCAAAGUUGGCGAUGUUGGGGAUUUUAAGCACGGUCAUCAUGGCCCUCAUCUCAGUAGCUGCUACCUGCCCUGCCUCACCAUGUGAAUGUCUGGACAACGUCACAGUCAGCUGCCCGGACAAGAGGCUGAAGAAGUUCCCUAACCUCCCCGAUGGUACUGAGGAGCUUUAUGUGGCCCACAACCUGAUCCAGGCAUUCCCCACCAGUGGACUGGAGCAGCUGCAGUUCCUGGAUCUCACCAAAAACCGCCUCAAUGUCUCCUUGACCUCCAACUUCAUCUGGCCCAACAUGAGCAGCCUGAUCAAGCUGUUUCUCAGGGGUAAUUGCCUGGGUUCACUGGGCCCUGGGCAGCUCCAAGGCCUCUCAGCGCUCACCUUCCUGGACCUCAGUGAGAACCACAUGGAGGCCCUGCACCCAGGAUCUCUCCAAGGACUUGGUCAAUUGAAGACGCUCAUUCUCACACUGAACCAGAUCAACAGCCUGCAGUACGGGGCACUGAGUGGAGCCCCUGCACUCACUGACUUUCACCUGAGCAGCAACAGUAUUGUGGAGUUUGAAGAAGGGGUGUUUGAGAACUCCUCCAAGUUGGUAAAGCUGAUUUUAUCCAAGAACAACUUGGUUAGCAUUAGGAAUGGCACAUUCAGGGGAGCAGUUAACCUGAGUCAUCUGGACCUCAGUGGAAACAAGUUGGAUUUUGUGCCCAUUGCUGCCCUGAAGGAUGUGUCACAGCUGCACAGCUUGUACCUCCAGAAGAACAGCAUCACCUUYAUACCAGAAGAUGCUUUCUCUGAGCUCCGCCAUCUAAGGAUUUUGGUUUUGAAUAAUAACUGCCUGAGCAGAAUAGCUGAGGACUCAUUGAGCGGUCUAGCCCAUCUCGGUCAAUUGGAUCUGAGCUACAAUAACCUCCAAUCCCUCCCCUCUGAAGUGUUUCAAUAUCUAGGCAGACUGGAGCUCCUGGAUCUCUACCACAACAACCUGACAUACCUUCCAGAGGACCUGUUUCACAACCUAACUAGUCUGAGAGAGCUGCAGCUUGACAGCAACAAGAUCUCAUCCAUUCCACCAGGGCUCUUUCACAUGUUGUCUAAGCUAAGGGAACUCCAGCUGGCCAACAAUCAGAUAGCUGACCUCCACAAAGCCUUGUUCUUCAGGCUGAGGAGCCUACGGAAACUCUACCUGGACAACAACGUACUAAGCAAGAUUCCCAGACGCCUAUUCCACAAGACCAAGAGCCUUAGGGAGCUACAGUUAGACAAUAACCACCUCAGGUCUCUCGCUAGGUCCAUCUUCCAUGGUCUGGCUAAACUCCACUCCCUGAAGCUCUUCAACAACCGUCUCAAAGUUAUUCACCCUGAGCAGUUUUCCAACCUUGGUGAACUGACAGAGCUCCUGUUGAAUGAAAACCUGAUUGAAGAUCUUCCAAAAGACUUAUUUUCUGGGCUUCGAAGCCUCAAGAUUCUGGAUUUGGACAACAACCGCCUCACAGCACUGGCUCCUACAGGCUUUGAUGGGUUAGGUGCCCUAAAGGAGCUUCAUCUCAGCUUCAACCAGCUUCGUUAUCUCCCAUAUGACACCUUCUACUCCCUGGAUGAUUUACGUAGACUCCUUCUCCAGAACAACCGCUUGGUGUCCUUGCACGCUAAAGUCUUCGCCCCCCUGGCCGACUUACAGGAGCUUGACUUGGACAACAACCAGAUUGAACUGUUACACCCUGACAUGUUUCAAGGCCUUCCCCACCUCCAGAAACUGCACCUGAAAUCAAACCUCCUCAGUACUCUUGUGAAUGGGACACUGGAGCCUCUGGAGAGCCUGAAGGUCCUCCACCUGGAGGGGAACCCCUGGGACUGCUCUUGCAGAUCACCCAUUCUGUACAUCAAUAACUGGAUCAUCAACAAUACCCAGAAGCUACAGGACGAACCCAUGUGUUCCUCACUCAACCGACCCAUUUCACAGCCUGCACACUUAUUAAAACCCUGUGUGAGCGUUGCAUGCUGCCCCAGAAGAARAUUUCCUCUACAGAUGCUGACAGUGCUUACAGCUUGGCUUCUAGGUAUUGUUUUGCUGUGACUUCCUUUUGCGGUUUCUUUCCUGUUUUCAGAUGGUUAUGUUUAUUGCUUUCAUGCAACUGUCUAUUGCAAAUGCAUUGUUAAGAAUCUAAGUUGACGUAGUGUAAAGAUUAAAAUACCAUGGAAUUAUGUUUUUAAAUAAACAAAGAA